AUGAGCGCCAACGAAGCAAUGUCCAAGCGGUCGUUGCUAGCUGUGAUUGCCGACGAGGACUCUGUGACAGGAUUACUAUUGGCUGGUGUGGGUCAGGUUUCCAACGAGCCAGGCAAGGAGUCUAACUUCCUUACGGUUGUUCCAGGUAAGACUUCCGUUGAGCAGGUGGAGGAGGCCUUUGACAGGUUCACAUCUGAGAGAAACGACAUUGCCAUUCUUUUAAUCAACCAGCACAUUGCAGACUUGAUAAGGUUCAAGGUGGACGGCUACACGAAUGCAUUCCCUGCUAUUUUAGAGAUUCCUUCCAAGGACCACCCAUACGACCCAGAGAAAGAUUCCAUUUUGAAGAAGGUCAGACGUUUGUUUGGAGAGUAG